AUGUCCGUGGUGGCUGAGCUGAACAAGCCCAAACCUCAAAAAUUCACCCUCUGGAGUUUGGUUUCAAGUUGGCAGCUGUAUCUCGGACACAUUCUUGGUGCAAACAGGUGUGGCUGUGGGCAGACGCGAGACGUCCCGUGGGACAGAGGUGGGGACCUCCAAGUGAGGACAUCUUCCCACCAGCCCCUAAACGAGCUUUGCCUUUCUCUUGCAGCCCACACACUCAUCUGCUUUUCCUGCUCGGAUGCCUCCUCCAACUGGGCCUGCCUGAAGCCUGUCAAGUGUGGAGAGAAUGAAAACCACUGCGUGACGACGUAUGUCGGAGUGGGACUCGGCGGCAAAUCCGGCCAGUCCAUCUCGAAGGGAUGCUCUCCCAUCUGCCCCAGCGCCGGGAUCAACCUGGGAAUAGCGGCUGCCUCCGUUUACUGCUGCGACUCCUUCCUCUGCAACAUCAGCGGUUCCAGCAGCGUCCGAGCCAGUUACGCCAUCCUGGCCUUGGGAAUUCUCGUCAGCUUCAUCUACGUCCUCCAGGCUCGCCAGUGAUGGGGCUGCCCGAGGAAGAGCCGCCUCCCACGGGUCUCGUUAGCCAAUAUCUUCUCUGUUGCUGUCUGCAAGGAGAUCCUCUACUUCUCAGCAGGCUUCCAAGGUGAUUGUUUCCCAGACUUUUUGCUCUUCCAAGAAUUGGAGACCUGAGCGGUUUGGUCAAGCUGUUCUCCUCCUGUGGACGUCUCCCACUGCACUCUCGCUCCUCCUUGGCCAAGGUGGAUAAUUUUUGAAGGUUUCUGCUUUUUCUACCUAUUAAUAAUCUACCCA